GCCACACCAUGGCGUCGGCAUCUGCCAGCGUGGAUUCCAAGGCAGAGCUGACUGCUCUGCUGGAGCAUUGGUUGGAGCAGUGGGAGGGGGAACAGCAGGCCAGCACACCAGACCUGGUCAACAUCCUCACCAAGUGAGUGUCUGUAAUACAAAAAGGAUCAUGUUUUUUAACACCAGUGGAUAUUAUGGGAAGUUUCUAUUUUUUUUUCACGUCAUUUAUUCAGAUCACGUUACUUGAAGGGAUGGAUGGAAGGAAGUUUGUUUUAGAGUCUCUGGACAUUUAGGAAUAUGUUGUCUGUUUUGAAUAUAUCAUGGGUUUUCUUUUCCUCUCAGGAUCUCAGAGCUGGUGGAGAGGGAGACUGAGGAAUAUCACAAAGCUGAUCCUGAUCCUUUUGAUGACAGGCACCCUGGUAAGAUGUUUUAUUUAUGUUAGUGUGUAGUCAUAACUAUAGUAUUAACUUUAGCUAGCAAAGUGAUAGUUGUUCACAUUUUGUAGAUUUGUAAUUCUCCCCACCUCUUGCCACUUAGGGAGAGCUGAUCCAGAAUGUGUCUUGGGUCACCUGCUCAAGAUCCUGUUCAAAGAUGAUGACUUCAUGAAUGCGGUAAGAACUGAAAACAAUAAAUACUUAUUUGUCAAUUUACAAAUAAUACUAAUCUGGUGAGUGCAUACUCACGUGGUCAUAGAACAGUAUCAGUUCCUGUGUGCCUUGUUAUUUGAACUCCUGUCUUUUUCCAGCUGGUGAAUAGCUAUGUGAUGACCAGCAGAGAGCUCAUUCUUAACACGGCAGCCUGUCGCCUGCUGCAGAACAUCAUGCCUGGGUUGGAGACCGCCGUGGUCUUUCAGGAGAAGGUAGGCUACAACCUGCUUCUGUGGAGAUGCACUUAAACAUGUUUAUAGAUUUAGUUAGCUAGAAUAUGCAACUUAUUCAAUAAUCAUGAUGUUAUGUUUCUGUGUUUGUGACAGGAGGGCAUUGUGGAGAGGCUGUUUAAAUGGGCCCAGGAUGCUGAGCAGCCCCUGAGGAUCUAUGCUACGGGCCUGCUGGCUGGAGCCAUGGAGAACCAGGACAUCGCUGCCAACUACAGGGAGGAGAACUCAGUCCUGGUCAGUGCCAAAACCCUACUAUCAGGUGUUUUUAUUAAGCCUCUGAGAAGGUUUAACAACAUCAACAUAAGAUCUUGUAUAAAUACUACAAUGUGGGUUAAAUUGAAUUUAACCAUGUGUUGCCACAGGUGGGCGCCAUGGUGUCCAUCAGUAUCUGUGAAUUAUGCAUCUCUCUCUCUCUGUCUCUCUGUCUCUCUGUCUCUCUCUCUCUCUCUCUCUCUCUCUCUCUCUCUCUCUCUCUCUCUCAGGUGCCUCUGAUGCUGCAGCGGUUACGUGAGCUGCAGGCCAAGGACACUGAGAACAGGAAGGAGUUUAAACGGCCCAGUCCCAGGAAGACCCUGGGGGAACCUCUCCUUCCUCUGGAUGAGGAGACUGUCGACGGAGGCUUCGAGGACACCCCAUUCCCCUCGGGGAAUAACGGAACAGAGAGGGACGAGAAGAGACCAGAGGAGGACAGAGAGGAGAACCCAUUCCCCCCGGGGAAUAACGGAACAGAGAGGGACGAGAAGAGACCAGAGGAGGACAGAGAGGAGAACCCAUUCCCCCCGGGGAAUAACGGAACGGAGAGGGACGAGAAGAGACCAGAGGAGGACAGAGAGGAGAACCCAUUCCCCCCGGGGAAUAACGGAACGGAGAGGGACGAGAAGGGACCAGAGGAGGACAGAGAGGAGAACCCCUUCCCCCUGGGGAAUAACGGAACGGAGAGGGACGAGAAGGGACCAGAGGAGGACAGAGAGGAGAACCCCUUCCUCAGCAAUGAGUCUGACAACGAGAUCUCCUUCCACCUCAACUACCUCAACUCCUCCCACAAGACCAGCAGCCGCACCAGCUCGUCCGUCAAAGGCCUGAUGAAACCCGUGUCUGUCCCACCGUCUUUGUCCCAUCGGGACUUCCCAGACGGCAGGGCGGAGGGCAGCAGUCACCUCAAGAGGAGGGCGGAGAGGGAGAACGGACGGAAGGUGAAACAGAAGCUGAACUUCUCCCUGCCGGAGCCGGAGAGGAACUUCAGCGAGCUGUCCAACAGCAGCUGGUCUGAGAUGAGCCCCUGGGUGAUUGGGAACAACUAUCACCUUUACCCUUUGACCCCGGAGAUGGAGCAGAGGCUCAUCCUGCAGUACCUCACCCCUCUGGGGGAGUACCAGGAGGUUAGUUUCUGCUACAUAAACCUACCAGCAGAUGUCAGUCUUGACAAACUCCGUUAUAAGAGCUAGUACUGCACUCGUUGAAGACAUUAUGUCGUAAAUGACUGUGUAGACUGCUAGACAGACGAGUAGUACUCUGCAUAAAUGAUUCAUUUCUCUGUUUUAUUUUCUGUCUUUCAGCUGUUGGCUGUCUUCAUGCAGAUGGGAGCCUGUGAGCUGCUCAUCCAUUACAUGGACCUGAAGCAGACCAACGAUGUACAGCUCACCUUUGAGGCUCUCAAGGUAACCUUGCUAUAACUGACUUAGAAUGCAUCUCAAUUGUUUAAAGAGGAGCAUCCCAGCUUUAUCCUAGGAUUCCCGUUCUCUACCUGUAGUACCUGGCCUCCCUGCUCCUGCAUAAGAAGUUUGCAGCCCAGUUUGUGGCCCAUGGAGGGGUUCAGAAGCUGCUGGAGAUCCCCAAGCCUUCCAUGGCCGCCACAGGGGUGUCUCUGUGCCUCUACUACCUGGCCUACAACCAGGACGCCAUGGAGAGGGUAGGACACACACACACACACACACAGCAUAAAGAUCAACCGUUCGUAAAAGUUAUGACCUGUAGUAGGGGUGUGUAACAUGAUUUACUUCCAUGUAAAUCUGUAAGUCAAUAAAAAAGGUGUGUUCAUGUAUCCCCCUUUCAUGUGUCUCUGUUCCCCUUAGGUGUGUAUGUUGCCCCACUCCAUCCUGUCUGAUGUGGUGAGCUACACUCUGUGGCUGUUGGAGUGUUCCCACGCCUCGGGCUGCUGCCAUGCCACCAUGUUCUUCUCCAUCUCCUUCUCCUACCGAGCCGUGCUGGAGCUCUUUGACAGGCAGGAUGGCCUCCGACGCCUCGUCAACCUGGUAGGAGGGCCUGUCUGGUUUAUUCAUGCUUCUGUUUCCUCUAGCUGUCACUAGGAUAGGGUUUUCUAAUCCUGAUUUUAAAAAACACUGUUUUGGUGUUUCACUGUCUCCAGAUCAGUUCUCUGAACAUCCUCAGUAUUGCGGUGUGUAUUACACUGCUGCUUAUUGUGUAUAAUUCUGUCUCCAGAUCAGUUCUCUGAACAUCCUCAGUAUUGCUGUGUGUAUUACACUGCUGGUUAUUGUGUGUAUUUCUACUGUCUCCAGAUCAGUACGUUGGAGAUCCUGAACCCUGAAGACCAGGCGGCCCUGCUGAGUGAUGACCAGAUCUUCUCUAGCAGGCAGACGGCCAAGCACACCUGCAUGGCCCUGCGCAGGUACUUUGAGGCCCAUCUGGCCAUCAAGGUGGAGCAGGUCAAGCAGUCCCUGCAGCGGACUGAGGGGGGCGCUCCCAUUCACCCUCAGCCUUACUACAAGGUAGACGGAACAGGUUGUCCCAUGUUGGGAGAUUGUGAUGAUUGAAAUGAUUGUGUUUGCUCCAAAUAUUGCCAUUUUUUUCCUAUAGGGAUUUAUAAAGUGGCCUUUCUGAAUUGAAAUGGAAUUGACCCCAACCCCCUGGAACCCAUCAUCACAGAUGAACCUUGGUGAUGUUUUUCUUUCAGAGAUGCCUCAUUCUCUUUCUGUUCCCCAGGCGUGCAGCUACACCCAUGAGCAGGUGGUGGAGAUGAUGGAGUUCCUGAUCGAGUACGGCCCAGUCAGACUGUACUGGGAGCCAGCAGAGGUCUUCCACAAGCUGUCCUGUGUUCAGCUGCUGCUGCAGCUCAUCUCCAUCGCUUGUGACUGGAGGACCUACUAUGGCAGGUAAGGACAGAAUUGCAAACCUUCCUUCUCUAUUUCAAGUACAGAUGAGGAGGAGGGCCAUUGUGGGAAGUUGCAAUAUACCACCAAGUGCUAACAUUCAGUAUCUGGAUAAAACAGUGCCUUCAGAAAAUGUAUUCAAAAUGGAUAAAAUGUAUUUAUUUUUCUCAUCCGUCUACACACAAUACCCCAUAAUGACAGUGACAUUUUUUGUUGUUGAAAUUGCUAAAUUAUUGAAAAUUAAAUACAGAAAUAUAUCAUUUACGUAAGUAUUCACACCCCUGAGUCAAUACAUCUUAGAAUAAUAUUAAUAUAAUAAUAAUAUGCCAUUUAGCAGACGCUUUUAUCCAAAGCGACUUAGUCAUGUGUGCAUACAUUUUUAAUUUAGAAUCACCUUUGGCAGUGAUUACAGCUGUGAGUCUUUCUGGGUAAGUCUUUAGGAGCUUUGCUUACCUAGAUUGUACAAUAUUAGCACAUUUAUUAUAAUUAUUCUCACACAAAUGUUUGUAGCGUCCAAACGGUUUGGCCUACAAACUAUUAUGUUUAUGGAAAGAUGAUAUUCUCACAAACACGAUGGUUUUCUCCCCCCCCCACAAGCGUCUUGGCACUCGUCUGAAGUCGGUAUAGCCGAUCUGCCAACUUCUGUCUGUAGCGUCCCAACAGUUUGGGGCUACACACUAAUAUGAGCCCUCUGUAAGGUACAUCUCUCAUGAACACGUACAUGUUGGUUGUUUUGCUCUAGGGUGCCCACAAGCCUCAUCUGAAGGUCCCUGGUACCAGUUUAAAAAAUGAAUGGCAGUACACUGCAUUCGGAAAGUAUUCAGACCCCUUGACCUUUUCCACAUUUUGUUACGUUACAGCCUUAAUCUAAAAUGGAUUUCCCUCAUCAAUCUACAUACAAUACCCCAUAAUGACAAAGCAAAAGCAUGUUUUUAGAAAUGUUUGCAACAAAAGACUGAAAUAUGACAUUUACAUAAGUAUUCAGACCCUUUACUCAGUACUUUGUUGAAGCACCUUUGGCAGUGAUUACAGCCUCGAGUCUUCUUGGGUAUGACGCUACAAGCUUGGCACACCUGUAUUUGGGGAGUUUCUCCCAUUCUUCUGUGCAGAUCCUCUCAAGCUCUGUCAGGUUGGAUGGGGAGCGUUGCUGCACAGCUAUUUUCAGGUUCUCCAGAGAUGUUCGAUCGGGUUCAAGUCCGGGCUCUGGCUGGGCCACUCAAGGACAUUCAGAGAAGCCACACCUGCGUUGUCUUGGCUGUGUGCUUAGGGUCAUUGUCCUGUUAGAAGGUGAACCUUCACCCCAGUCUGAGGUCCUGAGUGCUCUGGAGUAGGUUUUCAUCAAGGAUCUCUCUGUACUUUGCUCCGUUACUCUUUCCCUUGAUCCUGACUAGUCUCCCAGUCCCUGCCGCUGAAAAACAUCCCCACAGCAUGAUGCUGCCACCACCAUGCUUCACCGUACGGAUGGUGCUAGGUUUCCUCCAGAUUGGCAUUCAGGCCAAAGAGUUCAAUCUUGGUUUCAUCAGACCAGAGAAUCUUGUUUUUUGGGGGACUAUCUGUUCUAUGUGGUGAAUCUGGUAUUCAAUGCGUUUGUUUGGGCUAAUAGCAGUAAGUCCAAAUUCAAUGUUUCAUCAGUGUUUUAAAAUGUUUUUCUGGGAUACUUCAAGUCUUAAAAUUCAAUAUCAAAUAGCUAAAUGAUCUUUAGUAUGACCUUAAAACAACUCCAUAUGUUAGCUUAGUAGAACCCUCCCCCCCAGCUUAGACUCUAGGGGGUUAAACUGCUUGGUGUAACCCUGGAUUGUAAACUGUCAUGGUCAAAACAUAUUGAUGCAACAGUAGCUAAGAUGGGGACAGGUCUGUCCGUAAUAAAGCGCUGCUCUGUUUCUUGACAUCGCUACAAAACAAGUCCUACAGGCCCUAGUUUUGUCGCACAUGGACUACUGUCCAGUCAUAUGGUCAAGUGCCACAAAGAGGGACAUACGCAAAUAACAAUUGGCCCAGAACAGAGCAGCACGGCUGGCCCUUAAAUGUACACGGUGAGCUAACAUUAAUAAUAUGCAUGUCAAUCUCUCCUGGCUCAAAGUAGAGGAGAGAUUGACUUCAUCACUACUAUUUGUGAGAAGUAUUGACAUGUUGCAUGAACCGAGCUGUCUGUUUUAAACUACUAGCACACAGCUCAGACACCCAUGCAUACCCAACAAGACAUGCCACCAAAGGUAUCUUCACCGUCCCCAAGGCCAGAACAGACUAUGGGAGGCGCACAGUACUACAUAGAGCCAUGACUACAUGGAACUCUCUUCCAAAUCAAGUAACUCAUGCAAGCAGCAUAAAUCAGACCUUAUGAAACUGAGCUGACUUCGAAGAGACGCACAGAAACAUGCAUACACACACAUGCUAACACACUCACUCUACGCACAAAUGGAUUUUGUAUUGUAGAAAUGUUGAAGUAGUGUGUAAUGUGUUGUGAAGUGUAAUGUUUUAACUGUAUUUAAUUUGCCUUAAAGUGGCAAUAUGUAACUUUUUGGGUGACCUGACCAAAUACGCAUAGAAAUGUGAGUUAUAGAUCUAUCAUUCUACUUGAAAGCAAGUCUAAGAAGCAGUAGAUCUGUUCUAUGUGCACUAUUUCCAUGAUUCCCGUUCUCAAGUUUUGUUUUUGCGUCUUUUACUUUCGGUUUUGUACACCCGUUUUCAAACAGCUGAAACAACAACAAUAUUUUUGGUUAUGGAAAAUAUAUUUCACAGCGGUUUAGAUGGUACAAUGAUUCUCUACACUAUACUAGCUUAUUUUGUCACAUAAACUGAAAUUAGGCAAACUAUUAGAGUUUUAGCAACCAGGAAAUGCCAGAGUGAUUUCUGCAUAGUGCAACUUUAAUAUUGCUGGACCCCAGGAAGAGUAGCUGCUGCAAAACUGUAACCAGUGCCUUAUGGGGAUCCAUAAUAGAAUUAUAAUACAAAACCCCCUCUGCUCUAUAUUGAAAUACACCUCUAUUCAUUAUGGAGAACAUUUGUUUAUAUCUUUUCACAAUUCAAGUGAAUACCGAGUAAUACUGUGACUAUUUCCGCCGUGUUGUGUUGUCCCCUAGGAGUGACACAGUGCGUUAUGCCCUGGACAUACUGAGCAUCCUGACAGUGAUCCCGAAGACCCAGCUGCUGAUGGCUGAGUCUGUGGCUGUGCCGGAUGGGGAGGGGGGUAACGCGGUCUCCACCGUGGGUACGUUACACUGCCCUGCCAUGGCAUUCUAUUGACACCACCUUAUCUAUCCAGCAGACCAGGACUGUUUGCUUUGGGGUUUCAUCUUAAUGUUCUGUUGUUCCUCAGGUAUGAGUGUAGUCCUGGUGGUGGCAGAGGGAGAGGUGUUUGUGAACGACGCCGAGAUCCAGAAGUCUGCUCUGCAGGUGGUCAUCAACUGUGUGUGCGCUCCGGACAAACGCAUGUCCAGCAUCGGCAAGUUCAUCUCGGGCACGCCUCGUAGACGCCUGCCCCAGACUACCAAGAGCAGCGAGAGCGUGCUCAGCAAGAUGUGGAACGUGGUGCAGUCCAACAACGGCAUCAAGGUGAGAUGAGAUUAACUUCAGAACUGUCUAUUGAUAGAUAUUACGCUGUUAUGUUGUUGGGUGCUACUGGUCUCUGAUUUGUCUUUAUUCAUUAGUGGUUUGGGUUACUUUUAUGAUUUCUCAAUACUGUUAUUAUGCACUGGGAACCAUAGCUAGUUCUUCUGCCAUCUCCCUGUAGGUGCUCCUGUCCCUGCUGACGGUGAAGAUGCCCAUCACAGAUGCAGAUCAGAUCCGGGCCCUGGCCUGUAAGGCCCUGGUGGGUCUGUCCCGCUCCAGCUCAGUCAGACAGAUUAUCAGCAAGCUGCCUCUCUUCAGCAGCGGACACAUCCAGCAGCUCAUGAAGGAGCCUGUGCUCCAGGACAAACGCAGCGAACACGUCAAGUUCUGCAAGUUUGCGGCGGAGCUCAUCAAGCGAGUGUCUGGUAAACCCCUCAUGAUAGGGACAGAUGUGUCCCUGGCCUGGCUGCAGAGGGCUAAUGUGGUGGCCCAGUCCAGGAUCUCCUUCCCUGAGAAGGAGCUACUGCUGUUGAUCCGGAACCACCUGGUGGCCAAAGGCCUGCAUGACACGGCCACCACGCUCACCAAGGAGGCCGACCUCCCCAUGGCCAUCCUCCCCCACCCAUCUUCCUCAGCUUUGCUUCCUGUCGUUGUUCCCCCCCCUCCUGCCUCUCCCGCCCCUGCCCUCCCCCGGACCCCUCGGCUGGCCAAUGGGGUCGCGGCACGGUUGGCGAGCCACGGCUCUCAUCCGUCCGUGCCGUUGUCAGUUCAGCCCCAGCCCCGUCCCUCGACAUCGCAACUCCUCGCACUCCCUCCGGCCGCCCCUCCCCUGUUGACCCCUCACCAAAGCAACGGCUCUCCCCUGAUUGGUCGGAUCGUGUUCACGCGAGAGCGCCCGUCGCCUUGCCCUGUGCCUGCCAGCUGUAAGAAGCCGCGGGUGCUGAGGCAGAAGUCAGACUACGGUGCCUUCAGCCAGAGUCCAGCCAUGAAGAAACAGCUGGACAGACACCUGCCCUCUCCCCCCGCCCUGGACAGCAUCAUCACAGAGUACCUGAGGGAGCAGCAUGCACGCUGCAAGAACCCUGUCACCACCUGCCCCCCCUUCUCCCUCUUCACCCCCCACCAGUGCCCCGAGCCCAAGCAGAGGCGCCAGGCCCCAACCAACUUCACCUCCCGAAACACACGCAGGGUCGUCUACCCCAAGUAUGGAGGGGUGGACGGGGGUUGCUUCGACAGACACCUCAUUUUUAGCAGGUAUGGUUGGCUCCUAAUACACUGGGGACUAAGUCCUUGUCUUUUAUCUUUAAUUGGGUUUUUAGAUGGACCUCUUUUGGAUUACAUUUCCCUCUUUUCCCCUUUCCCCCAGGUUUCGUCCCAUGUCUGUGUUCAGGGAGGCAGACGAGGAUGAGAGUGGGUUCAUGUGUUGUGCCUUCUCUGCCCGUGAGCGGUUCCUGAUGCUGGGGACGUGUACGGGCCAACUCAAACUCUACAAUGUGUUCACAGGCCAGGAGGAGGCUAGCUACAGCUGUCACAGCUCUGCCAUCACACACCUAGAGCCAUCACGGGUCAGUGGGACACAUUUACAAAUCUACCUAUCUCGUGUAUAUCUAAAACAGUAUUUUAGUGAAACCUUUUAUUCUUGUCUUUUUUCAUCAGGAUGGCUCUCUGUUGUUGACGUCGGCAUCAUGGAGUUAUCCCCUGUCUGCACUGUGGGGCAUGAAGUCAGUGUUCAUCAUGAAGUAAGUGUGACACAGGAGACCAACCCUGACCCAGUCAGAUCAAUACAGUUGGUUAUUGCUUCAAAUGGGGAUGGCUGCGCUACCCAUUCCAUUUCUAUGGUUAAUUCUACUGGUUGUGUUUCCAUGGUGCUCCCUGCCCAAUGGUACAGCUGCUCAGUGCCAGCAGGAACUGCUGAAAGAGGCUGACACAUUCUUUAAUUAUGCACACUAACUGAACUGCCUUAGUAGGGCUGGGAAUUGCCAGGGACCUCACAAUACAAUAUUAUCACGAUACUUAGGUGCUGAUACAAUAUGUAAUGCGACUCACACGAUUCAAUACUGUGAUUUUAUUGCGAUUUGAUGUUCCGAACGUUGCUCACUAUAUGUCUGCUGCAGAGAGAACAUGAGAAAAUUAUUUUUGAUCAGUCAUGGAAACAAAAUAGCUGAAAACAUGUCUCACUAUUUAAAAAGAUGAUGAACAAGCUAUAGGAUGAAAAAUACCGGCGUUUAGCGCAGGUACAGCCAACUAGCGCUAGCUGGGAAAAAAUAAAAAAAAUAGAUACUUUGAGUUAAAGUAUCGAUAUAAUAUUGUAUAAUUUUUAUCCCCAUCACUAUGUCUUGGGGCUGGAAUGUUCACUUCAUAGAAUCCACAGUGUAGUGGGGCCUCCUUCUGUCCACAGUUUAACCAAAGCAACAUUGGUGCUCUUGUAGUUUAGCUAGAACAACAUUGGCCCAUCAUUACUUAACCAAAAUGGCUUAUUCUAUAUGAACUGAAGUCAGAGGUUGUAAGGGAUGCCUGGGAAUUUGUAUUUUCUAUUUACCUCUGUAUUUAUUCAUUGUUCCCCUCUUCUUUCCAGGCAUUCCUUCUUAGAUGAUCAUUAUGUGGAGUUCAGCAAACUCUCACAAGACCGAGUCAUUGGCACAAAGGAACACAUAGCUCACGUAAGUCUUCUUUCUCAACAUAUAAAGGUUAAACUGAACAACCAGGUACAAGUUAAAUUUUUUUGUCCUGAUCAACUGAAAACAUGUAAUCUUUGGGUCUCAGAUCUAUGACAUCCAGACAGGGCAGAAGACCCUGACCCUCAACUACCCGGACCUGGCCAACAACUACAAGAGGAACUGUGCGACCUUUAACCCCACCGACGACCUGGUGCUGAACGACGGCGUGCUGUGGGACGUGCGCUCGGCUCGGGCCAUCCACAAGUUUGACAAGUUCAACAUGAACAUCAGUGGAGUGUUCCACCCCAAUGGCCUGGAGGUCAUCGUCAACACUGAGAUUGUAUCCUACUCACAUACUGUACAAUAGUCCUAGUCAUAUUUGUAGAGUUAAUUGGCUCUACUGAGCCUGCAUCAGUUUAUCUGAUAAGUGGCCUAAUAUCAAGAUGAGUCUGUGUCCCUUGCCAUCUGUUGUGUACAUCCAGCAAAUAUCCCAACACCAGAGGAAUUGGGUAGAAUAGUCAAUAUGUUAUAUUGAUAGUAAUGUGACAGUGUGAUUCCUUAAUGGUUGUGUCAGUGGGACCUGCGGACCUUUCACCUCCUCCACACAGUGCCAGCUCUGGACCAGUGCAGGAUCGUCUUCAACAACAACGGCACGGUCAUCUACGGAGGUAAGGCCUUACCCCACUACAUUAUGGGAAAUGAAGGACAGUGUUCUGUGGUAGCAAGGCUCAUCAAAUUUCACCUUGUGGUGAACAGCUAAGACUUUUAGAUGUGUGUAGAAAGGUGAAUGCUUGUGGGGUUGUGAAAGGUGCAUGUAGAUGUGUGUUUGAUGCCACACGGCCCUGCUGAACCAUAUGGCCAGGAGGCUGUGCCCUGAGCUAGCAGAGGAGUCUAACCAGCUGAUUCACACCACCUCACAGCCACUGGGAGGCCAUGAGUUGGUAGAGCAUGGCGUUUGUAACGCCAGGGUUGUGGGUUCGAUUCACACGGGGGGCCAGUAUGAAAAAUAAAAAAAUUAUGUAUGCACUCACUAACUGUAAGUCGCUCUGGAUAAGAGCGUCUGCUAAAUGACUAAAAUGAUGUAUCCACCAACAUCCACACCAUUCUAAUGGCUCAGUAGCCAGAGCCACUGGGAGGCCAUGAUGGAUCCACCCACAUCCACACCAUUCUAAUGGCUCAGUAGCCAGAGCCACUGGGAGGCCAUGAUGGAUCCAUCCACAGCAGUACCACUCUUAUCAUACUAUCCAUCUAUUCAUCCACCCACACCUCUAUUCAUCCAGUAUGUGUGCAACUAGCUCUUAUUUUGCCAUGAUGAAUCCUCACAUUACCGGUACCUGAAUUUAACCAUGCCAUCCAUUUUCAAGGAGGAUUUUUCUAUUCUUUCAUUGGAAUUCCAGUUCAAUUGACUCAAUAGAAAUGGAAUUGACCCCAAUCCUGUUACCCAGAGCCUUGUGGAUACCAUAAAGGCUCUGCAAAUCAAAUCAAAUGUUAUUUGCCACAUGCGCCGAAUACAACAGGUGUAGACAUUACCGUGAAAUGCUUACUUACAGCCCUUAACCAACAAAUAAAACAACAACCAAAAAGUGUUGAGAAAAAAAGAGCAGAAGUAAAAUAAAAUGACAGUAGGGAGGCUAUAUAUACAGGGGGGUACUGGUGCAGAGUCAAUGUGCGGGGGCACCGGCUAGUUGAGGUAGUUGAAGUAAUAUGUACAUGUGGGUAGAGUUAAAGUGACUAUGCAUAAAUAAUUAACAGAGUAGCAGCAGCGUAAAAAGAUGAGGUGGGGGUGGGGGCAGUGCAAAUAGUCCGGGUACAUUUACAUUUUAGUCAUUUAGCAGACGCUCUUAUCCAGAGCGACUUACAGUUAGUGCAUACAUUAUUAUUAUUUGUUUAUUUUUUUCAUACUGGCCCCCCCUGAGAAUCAAACCCACAACCCUGGCGUUGCAAACGCCAUGCUCUACCAACAUCCCUGCCGGCCAUUCCCUCCCCUACCCUGGACGACGCUGGGCCAAUUGUGCGCCGCCCCAUGGGUCUCCCGGAUCACGGCCGGCUACGGCAGAACCUGGAUUCGAACCAGGAUCUCUAGUGGCACAGCUAGCACUGCGAUGUAGUGCCUUAGACCACUGCGCCACUCGGAAGUUAGCCAUGAUUAGCUGUUCAGGAGUCUUAUGGCUUGGGGGUAGAAGCUGUUGAGAAGCCUUUUGGACCUAGACUUGUCGCUCCGGUACUGCUUGCCGUGCGGUAGCAGAGAGAACAGUCUAUGACUAGGGUGGCUGGAGUCUUUGACAAUUUUGAGGGCCUUCCUCUGACACCGCCUGGUAUAGAGGUCCCCACCACACUGAUUUAGUAGCCAGAAUAAUUGGUCAAUGUCUAUUGAUCUGGCCAUCUAAUCUGGCCACCCAUUUUUCCUACUACUGAUGCAACUGGUACCCUUUGACUGUGAAAAUAAUUGUAUCCAUCCAUACACCUCUAUUGCUUUUUCUCUGUAUAUGAAGCACACCUAUGUAUGUGUUCCAGUUGUGGCGUGUAGAUAGAACCUAACACUACUGGGUUGUUUUUGCAGCGAUGCUCCAGGCCGAUGAUGAGGAUGACAUUAUGGAGAUGCAGACGAAGACUCCUUUUGGCUCCUCCUUCAGGACGUUCAACGCCACCGACUACAAACCCAUUGGUGAGAUGGCUUUAAGACCCACACGAUCACCAGAGUUUCAAGCCGUUGCAUUUAUCAGGAAUAGACUAUCCAGUUGUAUACUGCACGACCCUAAACAACCCAGCCAUGUUCCCUAAGCGAAUAGACUCCAUCCAAACUCGUUUCUGUAUCGACUACUUUAGAUAUGGUUAAGAUUGAACUAGUGUGACAGGUUUAUUUAUUACAUGACAUCAAUGAAACAUGCCCCCUGUCUUUUCCCCCCAGCCACCAUUGACGUGAAGAGGAAUAUCUUUGACCUCUGCACGGACACUAAGGACUGCUACCUGGCUGUGAUUGAGGUAGGUCUUAUGUCAUCUGUUACAUAACUCAAUAAAUCUGAACGUGAUUGAAUCAAAUACUCCGAGUAGUAUAGUAUUGGGAGACUGCCUCUGACACGGUUGUAUGUUUCUGACUGCUGCUGUGUGUCUCCUGUCCAGAACCAGGACUCGGUCAACACAGACACGGUGUGCAGACUGUACGAGGUGGGACGCCAGAGACUGGCUGAAGAGGAGGAGGAUGAAGACGAUCAGGUAAAGAUACCCAACAAACCCCCUUCCUUCAAAAAGCACCGCAGUGCACUUUAGACUUCGGUCUAAGGCACUGCAUCUCAGUGCUUGAGGCGUCACUACAGACACCCUGGUUCGAUUCCAGGUUUUAUCACAACUGGCCGUGAUUGGGAGUCCCAUAGGGCGGCGCAUAAUUGGCCAAAUCUGUUCUUAACUGACUUGCCUAGUUAAAUAAAGGUGAAAUAAUAAAAAAUACAAAAUGUUUGGUAGAUAAUGAAUGAAUCAAUCAGAUCACCAGUCACUAACAUUAGAUGAUUGGUUGGUUGUGUCAGUCUUUUUAUUGCAAGUAAUACAACCUAAAUAGAGAAAUAUAAGAUCUGUGAAGCAUGUUCCUUACACUGGCUGUUCUGGAACACUUGUCCCUAUCAGGAGGAUGACGAUCAAGAUGAUGACGAUGAUGAUGAUGAAGAUGACUCUGACGAUGACAUGGACACGGACCCUCUGAUCGCUGAGCUGGAUAACGAUAACGGAGAGGAUGAGGACGAGGACGACGGGAACAAUGAAUUAUCUCCCUCUGAUGAUGAAGAGGUGUCUCGCCUGCUGGAGGGGGACGGAGAGGAGGAGGAUGACGAUGAUGAUGACUCGGAUGAGGAUGAUGGGGACCUUGCCCUGGAUAACAGUGAGUAACAGUUGUCAGUUUGUCCUUCAAACAUUCACUGAUAGGUACAGCAUGGGAUGCAGGACAGGCAAGGCUGAAGUUGUUGGUAACAGUAAACGUAAACCUGUUGUCAUAAGAGCUAGGCUACUUAAUGCUUUUUAGUAAUGCCAUAGAAGUCAUUACCAUGAUGUUAUUAUGACUGAAAAGCUGUGCCUCUACUGCUGUGUGAGGACACUUCAGCUUGAGAGGGAUUGACAGAAUGAAAGGAAAAGAGUGCGAGUGAGAGGAAAAAAGAGAUGGACCCUCACACUGUCUGAGGGCAUGUUGCAGAAGACAUGUCGUUUCUGCUUUCUGUCAUUUUUCUACCACCACAGCAGUGACUUGUACAGUAUUCUGUCCCGUUAUCCCCCAGACCUCUACAUAAUUUAAAUUUGCUGUCUUUCUGUCAACCCAGCAGACAGCUCUGACAACUCUGACCUUGAGGAUGACAUCAUCCUGUCCCUGAAUGAG